UUCACCAACACACCUUGAUUGAAAAUUGUACUUUCAAUUGAGCGAUACUGUUGCUCUGGUGCCGACUGUCAGUCGAACUUAACACAGUGUUAGAAGUAUUUUACGUGGCUUUCAGUUAGUUUCAUCGGAGUUGACUAUCGACUCGGAGUUGGGUACAAAUAACUCCAGAGAAAUAAGUGAUUUCGAUGGAAGCAAAACUGUUUUUCUUUGCCAUUGGCUGGUGGUUGUGUUGCUACCAUCCAUGGACAAAUGUUCAUGGAGAAUAUUAUUCUUCUGUAGAACAGAUGCGGAAGCUACUCAAGCUCGAAGAAUCACUGGUUGCCAGUCUUGGACAGUAUAUUAAACUGCAUGAACAAAAGAUCGAGUUUCUCCAUAGGCAGCGUGAUCUGCUGGAGAAAGAGUUGAAGAAAGGAUUGAAAGAUGAUAUAGAGUAUUCUUCGAAUCCGGUAAGUGCCUUUCUGAUGGUAAACCGCCUUGUCAACGAUUGGGAGCGUCUUCGUGCCUUCAUGGACAUGGAUGUUGGUGCAAAGCUACAAAACACUACGGAGAUGCCGACACAUGAAGAUUUAAUAGGAGUGGUUGAAGGGUUGGCUCGUUUACAGGAUAUGUACGAACUCAAUGCAAAAGAAAUGGCAAGUGGCAAAUUACUUGAUCGGACUAUUGGUCGCCAGCUAAAAACGGCGGAAUGUUAUGAAAUAGGAAAUAAACUAACGGCUGCAAAAAGCUAUCGCCAUGCGGUCAGUUGGUUAAGGGAAUCGCUGCGUUUGUGGACGAUGGAUAGUCCUGGAGUAAGUAAGGUGGAGGUCAUGAACGCUCUUUCCUACGCACUAUCCCAUCAAGGAGAGUACGAAGAAGCGUUAGAACUGACACAAAAAGUACUAAAACUACAGCCAGAUAACCAGCGCGCUCUCAAUAGUAAGGAACCGCUCGAAAAAUGGAUCGAGUAUAAGAAACAGCACGGAUUGCCACCGCCAGUACCAGAGCCUUAUGUAAAAAAUUAUCCCAGUCUAUGCCGGGGAGACGACCAACGGCCUGCUAAAGAAUUGGCCAAAUUACGUUGCCGCUACGAACAUAAUCGGACACCUUUUCUGCGAAUUUCACCGCUUAAAUUGCAAGAAGUAAAUCAUGAUCCAAUGAUUGUUAUGUAUCACGACGUGAUAUCUAACAAGGAAAUCGAUGCAAUUAUUAGUAUUUCCAAGCCGUUGAUGCACCGUUCAAUGGUGGGUGAUGAUCACGAGAAGGCUGUUUCUAAAACGCGCACCAGUAGCAAUGCCUGGCUCGAUGAUGUUAUGCAUCCAGUUGUACGUACUCUCUCCCAACGUACAGAAGAUAUGACCAAUCUAGCCAUGACGGCGGCCGAAAGGCUGCAGGUCGGAAAUUAUGGAAUCGGUGGACACUAUUUACCUCAUUACGAUUAUGCUGUUGCUGAAGAAGGCAAAGAGGUUUAUCCUUCCAUUGGAAAGGGUAACAGAAUAGCCACCGUUAUGUACUAUCUUAGUGACGUAGCUAUUGGCGGUGCAACAGUUUUCCCACAGCUCGGAUUAGGUGUUUUCCCUCAAAAAGGAUCCGCAAUAUUCUGGUAUAAUUUGCACGCUAAUGGCACGGUCGAUCAUCGUACAUUACAUGGCGCAUGUCCAGUGUUUGUAGGCUCUAAAUGGGUUGGAAACAAAUGGAUUCAUGAGCGUGGACAGGAAUUCCGCCGUUCCUGUGAACUUGAUCCAAAGGUUUAAGCUGCUAAAGGAGGUAGCGUAAAAGUAAAAGGUUUUAAAGCCGUUUUUUAACACAUGCUAAAACUAUUUUACCAAACGAUAAGUAAUUCUACAUCUAUAUCGUUUUUUUCAAAUCAAACUAACUUUAUAACCUUUAUUGUCAUUUUACAAUAAAAUUUCAUCCAAAUAAA